AAUACACACACACGCACGCACGCGCACGCAAUCGAUGGCCCGUAUUCGUCAGCAGCGCCAUCAUCAGCAGCCAGCAGGCGUUUUUCCGCAGAGAGCGAGCUACAGCAAAGAAGUGUCGCGAAAAGACGUCGUCGUCGUCGUCGUCGAUUUCGCUUGAAAAUUUUCCACUCCGUUUUACCAUCCAUCCCCCCACUCCCCCGUACGGAGCACAUCGCGGUGCGCGAACGUGUACGUGUUGUGUUUGUUGCGUUGUGAGCUGCAAUAGUUUUCAGCAAAAGAAAAAUUGCAGAAGAAAGGUGAUCAUCCCUUAAAAUUCAAUCCAAGUACCAGCAAUACAGAGAAGGUGGAGGCAGUGGAAGCUGCUGGUCGUUUUUUUGCAGAAAAGUUUCGCAGGUCAUCGCACCGUGGGAAAAAAGCUAAAAGUCCAGACAGAGGCAGCAGUUUAGCCAUCCGACAGUUCUUCUCAAAAAAAAGGGAAAACAAUACCCUUCCUUCGAUGAACUCAGUGUAUGACUCAAUUGCAGAACAACAUAGCAAGUGAAACGACGACGAUACAAUAGCGGCCAGCACAAUCAAGCUAUUGCCAGCUUGCCGGUAGCAUUUCUUUGCGGGCGCUGUUAAGCCGACUGCUUAAGGGGCGAGACGUCACAAUCGAAACGUCUUUGCUGUGGUGUACUCCGAAAGUGUUUUCUGGUGUGUUUCGUUAGGCAAAUCAGUUGCAUGGAACGCAGCAACUGCUCUACAUCUCGUGUCAAACCUCCUGCGACAAAUCGAUAAAAAGCGACAAAUCGACGACACAGAAAAAAAAAACAGCAAAAGAAGAAGAAAAUAAGCAAAAAAAGAAAAAGAGUAUUACAAUAUUUACGACCCUUGUGCAAUUUUACGAAGGCGGCUCAAUUAAACAGCCGCCCGUAGCGGUAAUAAGGUGUAAACUAACCGUGCAAAACGAAAGAAGGAGUGUGCUCCGCGAGGGAAGCGAAAUUUCGUAGCGAAAUUGAUCGAGUUAAAGCCACUAGUGAAAGUGCAACACAGCCCCCCACACAACAACAGUGAUCGAAAGCGAAAAGUUAAUUGAAUUUAACGAAUAAAAGCGGCUUCUCUGUGUCUUUCUCUCUCUCUUCCCCCCGGUGUAUCGGUUUUUGGGUAGUGUGGUGUGUAGUGUGUCUGCCGGGCGGUAGUGUACGCCUUUGGCAAGUGUGUCGUAAUCGGCUAGUUGGCCUGUGAAAGUGGCCUAGUGUGUGUGUGUGUGGAUCGUGUCCUUCGGGUCGUGUUUCCAUCAGCGAAUCGAUCGGUGGCGGGAAGGAGUAAUUGUAAAGGGAGUGCCACUGCCGACAGCGGGAAGACUCAACGGUAGCAGCAGCGGCAGCACCACGGACCAGCCGGAGGAGGACGUUUUUUAUCUACAAUUAUCAGCAGAUCAAAACAUGAAAAUGGUGUUGUCACAACGGCAGCGCGAGGAGCUUAACCAAGCGAUUGCCGAUUACCUGGGAAGCAAUGGAUACACAGACGCGCUGGAAGCGUUCCGGAAGGAGGCGGACAUGCCGAACGAGAUCGAGCGCAAGUACGGCGGGCUGCUCGAGAAGAAGUGGACCUCCGUCAUCCGGCUGCAGAAGAAGGUGAUGGAGCUGGAGGCGAAGCUGUCCGAGGCGGAGAAGGAGGUGAUCGAGGGCGCCCCGACCAAAGCGAAGCGCACGCCGAGCGACUGGAUACCGCGCCCGCCGGAGAAGUUUGCGCUCGCCGGCCACCGGGCGACGGUCACGCGCGUUGUCUUUCAUCCCGUCUUCAGCAUGAUGGUGUCCGCGUCGGAGGACGCCACGAUCAAGGUGUGGGACUUUGAGACGGGCGAAUACGAGCGCACGCUCAAGGGCCAUACGGACUCGGUACAGGAUUUGGCAUUCGAUUCGCAAGGCAAGCUGCUCGCCUCCUGCAGCUCGGAUCUAUCGAUCAAGCUGUGGGAUUUCCAGCAGACGUACGAGUGCGUCAAGACAAUGCACGGGCACGAUCACAACGUGUCGUCGGUGUCGUUCGUGCCGGCCGGCGACUUCCUGCUUUCCGCGUCCCGUGACAAAACGAUCAAGAUGUGGGAGGUGGCCAGCGGCUACUGCGUCAAGACGUUCACCGGCCACCGGGAGUGGGUGCGCAUGGUGCGAGUAAACGUGGACGGUUCGCUGAUGGCCUCCUGCUCGAACGACCACUCGGUACGGGUAUGGCAGACGAACUCCAAGGAGUGCAAGGCUGAGCUGCGCGAGCACGAGAAUACGGUAGAGUGCAUUGCCUGGGCCCCGGAAUCGGCAGCAGCGGCUAUAAACGAGGCAGCCGGAGCAGACAACAAGAAGGGUGCACACCAAGGCCCAUUCCUGGCAUCGGGAUCGAGAGACAAAACGAUCAGGAUUUGGGACGUCAGCUCCGGCUUGUGCCUGUUUACGCUGGCCGGCCACGACAAUUGGGUGCGUGGUAUCGUGUUUCACCCCGGCGGCAAGUACAUGAUUUCCGCUAGCGACGACAAAACGCUACGCAUUUGGGAUCUACGCAACAAGCGUUGCAUGAAAACGCUCUACGCGCACUCACAUUUCUGUACAUCUUUGGAUAUGCAUAAGUCCCAUCCUUACGUCAUAUCCGGCAGCGUGGACACGACGGUUAAAGUUUGGGAGUGCCGCUAAGUCAAAUCCCCCGACCCGCCCCCGCCGCCGCCCCCUCUCCCGUACACGACGCCACCUGACCAACUAACCCCAACUCUACCCCAGGUUGGCUGGCAGCUUGUUACUUUGUGUGUGUGUGUGUGUGUGUGGGUCCAACGGGAGACUCAUUGGCGCUUUCUGUUUUAUGUUCGCUCUUCGACAAAGCAAAGCAAAUUAAACAACCACAGCCACACCGUAUCGUGGGCCUGGAAGGAUGCGUGGAUUGGCAAAGCAGAAGGACCCACGGACCACAGUUAUCCAGCAUCGGCACCGCAGGCACCGUCAUCACCACUAUCAUCGUCAUCAUCAUCAUCGUGGAUACGUUUUCAUUGCGAUGUGUGCACCUGUGCGCAUGGUUUGUGUUCAGUUUGUGUUGUCGUCCUCUGUUUAGGGUGGUGUAGAAAGUGGGUUUACAAUGAGCGGAGGCAAUGCAAGCAAAACUGUGAAAGAUAGAUGAUACAUGAUAACAAGCGAGAGGGAAAGAGGAGAAUGGGAUGUUUUAGUUCAAUAUUAGUUUACGUUUUGUUCUAUUUUACUCAUAUUGAUCCAAUGAAUAUUGUCAGUGGCGGUACGGAUGUUUAGUAACACACACACAACCUAUCGUUAGCCCAACCUUUAGCGCUGAUUCACGCGUGUUCCUUCGUGCUCCUCCUUCGUAGAGCCGCUGGCUGUUAAACUCUCCAGCAAACCGUUAGCUUUUUCUCUGGGUUUAGACAAACUGGUUAAAAUUGUGAAAACGAGAUAAUGUUUGCAAUUAUUGCUAAAUCAAAAUGCUACACUAAUAGAGUGGAUACACACAACAAUUACACCACCACCCCUUUUGCCACAUCAAAUUGGAAACAGAAAACGCAACUCAUUACGAUAUAAUAAUUAUUAGAGAGCAAAGCAUACACAAAACAAUGACAAAAAAACAUACACAUUUUACAAUUUGUCCAUGCGCUGAUCAAAUGAGGAGGAAAUUUGAAGUAGGUGGUACACGCUGGUGCCCGCUAACAUCCACAAUCGAUGGCAAGGGCAGUACAGCGCAGGCAGGCACGAGUUCAUUUUCACUCCUCGAUUUGCUAGCUAGCGGAAGGUAGAGAAUCCCCAAAAAGCUAACACUCAUGCUUUGAAGAUCGAAAGGAUAAAACAUGUUUCGAACCACCCGGAGUGGAGGUGAAAGCGAAUCCAAAAAGAGGAGAGGCAGUAGCGGAAUAAUGGCAAUUGGUGGCCUGAACAGCGCAGCACAGUGCAAUGCAACUAUCUAUGUGGAAGGAGGGAGGCAAGCAUUAUUAAUAACACAAUAUACUUACGGUUAUCAAAAAGAAAAAUGGGGCACAGUGGGAGGAACAAUAUUGAACGUCAAAUUGAAACAUUAGUAAGAGCGUGGAGCCUAUAGGAGCAGCAGGGCGGGAAAAUGGUGUAGGAUUUUGGGGCAGAAGCAGAAGCAAACAGGCACGCUAAGUCAAGACGGAAGCAGGUCUACAACCUCACCGAACAACAAUGGUCCGCCAGUGCGCGCGCGAGAGAGAGAGUGAGAGCCGCACGAAACACCAGCAAAACCGAAAAAAGCCGCCGACAACGCGUGCGCCACCCCAUCCGUGUGUGCUCUUCCCUGUCGAUUCUUCUCCGACUGCUCCCCGGGUCGUUACAAUGUGGAUCUAUGACUCUUUGGCAUGUAUGAUAGCGCUUUGGCAUUGCCAUUGCUACGAUGUAGUUGUGCAUGGGAGAAAGGUGUUCAUUUAACACCUUUUGUGAGCUUUGGCUCUUGAGUUUUGGAGUUGUAUGAUUACUUACUGGCCAUGCCUGCCUUAUUGGUUGCAUCAUCUAUGCUUAUCACGGUCCAAAGGAACUUGCACCUUAAAAUUGCUACACAUUUUGAUAGUUUUUUUUUUGCAUUCCCCUACUUGUUGGGAGGUGGUUUUCCACCAACUUGCUUGACACUAUUCAAUUGAACAAAACAACAAACUAAAUAAACUGCAUAUCUCUGUUAUCUCUCACGGAGAAAGAUUUGUGGGCCCAUCCCCGGGAAGGGUCGGAUUCGGCAUCGAUCACCCGCCCUCCCCGCGUACACUCGUCCAAUUGCUUCAUCCUUGUAAAAUUGGCUUUGUUUUGUCGAAGGCUGUUUGUACAUAGUGCGAAUAGUAAAGUUUAAUAAGAAUUUUGUUUUAGAAUGAGCUGAACAAAUCAACGCUCUCCCAGUCGUGCCGCGGGUUAGUUUUUAUGUGCGUGUGUGUGCGCGAGAGUUGCAUAAACCAACCUCCCUGUGUGGUGAUGACCCUUUUCGAGCUUUCGAAGGGUUGCCGGGGGGUGCAAACUUUCACGAUUGCUAUUCUUUACAACCGGCACACAAACCCCCCCCCACAGUCCAUAUAAUGUAAAUAUUGUUACUGCACGUAAACAAACACGAACACGUUUUAUACGCAGACCCUGUUGCAGAUGUUGUGUACCAGUCUAGUGCGACAAUUGAUGAUCGAUCGGUCGACUUGGUUGGCAGUAAAAACCGGAGCAAGAAAAGACGGAAGGCAUCGUAUGUGGAUGUGUGUGAGUGUGUCAGUGGCGUGAGUGGUGGUGAUGAUGAGAUGGCCACAGGACAUCACAUGCUACUACCCUCACGCCAUCGAGAAACGGCAACGGUUUUACGGCGUCCGUCAUCGGUGCCGCUCGCUGGAAGCAAGGUGUAAACUGCGGAAAUGUGUGUGAGUGUGUGCGACUUGUUUCAUACUAUUUAAAUUAUUAAAACCUAUUUCUUAAACGCCCUCUUAUAUAAUUGCUAUGGCAAGCGGAAGAAGA